AUGUCUGACUUAACUGAAACUGAAUUCCGUGAAGCCUUCUCUCUCCACGACAACAACUCGGGUGUCAUCCCACACGACAAACUCAACACUGUCAUGCGUCUUCUCGGUCUUGCUCCUUCCGACAAUGAACUCCGUGAAUUAAUUUCCAUUCUCGAUCCAUCCUCAAGUGGUAACAUUUCAUUAAAUAAUUUCGUCAAUGAAAUGCGUAAUCGUUUCUCAAAAACCACUCAAAAUCAAAAUAUUGAUGAAUAUAUGGAAAGUUUCCGUCUCUUUGAUCGAGAUCAAGAUGGUUUUAUUUCCACUGAAGAAUUGAAACAUAUCAUGACAACUUUGGGAGAAAAGUUGAGUGAUCAUGAAGUGGAAGAUUUAUUGAAGGAAGCUGAUCCACAAAGAAAGGGACAAAUUCACUAUGAAAGUUUCAUUAAGAUGUGUUUACAAAAUUAA